AUGAGCCAAGGGCAACCACGGAGGCCUCAAGCGGAUCAAGAGCCCGUCAAAUACGGCGACAUAUUCAACGUCUCUGGGGAACUUGCUGGGAGACCUGUGGCGCCAGAAGAUGCUGCCAUGAUGCAGACGGCUGAGAACACAGUGUUUGGGCUGACCCAGAAGGGAGGACCUGCUGCUGUCAUGCAGUCUGCUGCUGACCACAAUGAGAAAGCAGGUCUUGUCGGUCACCGCGAUGUCACUGAUAUCGCUGGAGAAGAAGGUGUCACUGUUACUGAAACCGAUGUGCCUGGUGCUCGAAUAAUCACUGAAUCAGUUGGUGGACAGGUUGUUGGAAAAUAUGUGCAGCCCAGGCCAGUGGCACAGACAGUAGCGGUUUCGGCAGUCCAACAAGGUGCAAUUACUAUAGGAGAAGCACUUGAAGCUACUGCACAAACAGCCGGCGAUAAGCCAGUUGAUCAAAGCGAUGCGGCUGCAAUACAAGCAGCUGAAGUGCGAGCCACUGGGACCAAUGUUGUAACCUCAGGUGGCCUGGCAGCUUCAGCUCAGUCCGCUGCAGCUCAUAAUGAAAUAGUAAACCGUGAAGAGGAAAAAAUCCAGCUCAAAGAAGUUAUCUCGGGUGCAACGGCGAAACUGCCUGCAGACAAGGCAGUCAUGACUCGACAGGAUGCUGAAGGAGUGGUGAGUGCAGAGCUGCGAAAUAACCCGAACGUGGCUACGCACCCUGGUGGAGUGGCGGCUUCUAUAGCUGCAGCUGCCAGGCUCAAUGAGAAUGUUAAUAUAUGA